AAAUUAGUCGGCGUUCGAUUCUGAUAGAAAAUCUAUCCAAUCAAUCCCAACUGUAGGUAUCUUCUCUCUCCAAAUCCGAUUCUGGGCGUUCGAAUUCAACCCACAUGAGAGAGAAAGAGGGAACUACUAUAAUAAUUUGGUUCCCUUUUCCUUCGGCUGUUGUGUUGCUUUGUGCAUGUUGCUUUCACACUCACCUUUCUGUUCCUUUUGAAAAAUCUACUUGAAUCUUCACUUUCAAUUUCAAGAAUCUUUACAGAGGAGGAGCCGUUCGGUUGGUUAUUGUUUCCCCUGCUUCUUAAUUGUUUUGAUUUCACAGAAAUGAAAUGGGAAUUAUCUACGAAGAUGCGGUUCUGAUUAAGGAAGCCGAGAGGGCAGACGAGCACACCGUUAUCACUAUCAAUUGCCCCGACAAAACCGGGCUCGGCUGCGAUUUGUGUAGAAUUAUAUUGCUCUUCGGGCUGAGUAUUGCCAGAGGGGAUGUUUCAACAGAUGGUAAAUGGUGUUAUUUGGUUUUUUGGGUUGCUGGAAAGCCAGCAACCAAAUGGAGCUUGUUGAAGAAGAGGCUGCUUGAUGUGUGCCCUAGAUGUAUUCCAUCGGCGUCGGGGAUUUUCUACUUUAUCCCCGAGUUUCAGCAGCCGAAGGAGCCGGAGAUUUUCCUGCUCAAGUUUUGGUGUUUGUAUGAUAGGAAAGGUCUUCUACAUGACGUCACUGAGGUUCUAUAUGAUUUAGAGCUAACAAUAAGGAGAGUGAAAGUCUACACGGCGCCUGAUGGUCGAGUGAUGGAUCUAUUCUUUAUCACCGACACCAGGGAACUUCUUCAGACAAGUAAAAGGCGAGACGAGACAAUUAAGUGUUUGAAACUUGUUAUAGGAGACGCCAUGAUGAGUUGCGAAAUUGAACCAGCUGCUGCUGAAGUUGCUUCAUGUUUACAGUCAUAUCUUCCAUCAUCCAUUUUUGAAAACAUUUUUACUCAGCCACAUCUCGAGCAGCAAUCCACUUCUGAUUCGGCAUCCAUCAUGUUCGACAACUCCCUAAGCCCAUCGCACAAUCUUGUCCAGAUCUUCUGCCAGGAUCACAAGGGCCUCAUCUACGAUAUCAUGAGAACCCUAAAGGAUUACAACAUCCAGAUUUCUUACGGCCGCUUCUUUUCAAACUCGAAAGGGAACUGUGAGAUGGACCUGUUCAUAAUGCAAGCCGAUGGGAAGAAGAUAGUCGACUCGCACAAGAGAAACACUCUCUGCUCUAGGCUACAAGCCGAGCUCGCCCACCCCAUUAAAGUCGAUGUUGUAAGCAGGGGACCCGAUACAGAGCUGCUGGUUGCGAAUCCUGUCGAGCUGUCGGGAAGGGGCCGGCCUCUGGUGUUCUACGACAUCACUCUCGCCCUCAAUAUAUUGAACAUAAGCAUCUUUUCGGUGGAGAUUGCUCGGCAUCGAGUUGAAGAUCGGGAAUUCGAAGUGUACCGGAUCUUGCUGGAUGAAGGGGACUGCUUCUCAGCAACAAGAAAUGAGAUUAAAGAAUGUGUGAAGAAGAAGCUAAUGGGAUGGGAAUGAAGCUUCCAAGAUUCAGCUACAAUUUAAGCAUGAAUGUGUACAUAUAUAUAUAUGUGUAUAUAUAUGUAUAUAAUAUAUAUAGGUUUGGUAGAGAAAAUUAGUAUGGGUUUUAGACGAAUUUAUGAAAAGAGUUUCCAACCACAAAAUUCAGUGCUUUUGUU